UUGAUAUUUUCUUUAUAUGGGUUUUAUGAGCUUAAAACCGUUGAAUUUGUUUUGUCCAAAUACGGAAGGCCAGUAAUCCAAAUGGGGGGAUAUCGAUAUAACAAGCACAGUCCCGGCAACGGUCGCAAGAUUCAAUGGUUGUGCAGUAAAAGAAGAAGCCCUUUCUUCUGCCACGGCAAGUUAACUACUUACGAUGGCGAAGUUAUAGCUUUGCACGACGAUCAUAAUCAUUAA